AUGCAUCCAGAAGGACCGUUCUUUUUGGGAUCAGAGAUUAGCCUGCCUGAUCUUGCUCUGGCCCCAUGGGCAGUGCGGUUGUGGGUGUUUGAUGAGUUCAAGUCUGGAUUAGGCAAUGUAUCGUCGAUGCGCUGGAAAAAGUGGCUUGGUGCAAUUGAGUCUAGGAACAGUAUAAAACAGACAACAAGCGAGCGUGAGUAUUAUUUGCCCAUUUAUAAGCGCUAUGCAGAUAAUACUGCGCAGAGUGAAUUGGCGAAGGCUUCCCGAGCUGGUCGAGGUGUUCCUUGA